GUUUUUGGGUGUGGUUUAAACCAUUAUAAAUUUCCGUGAGGUUGGCACUCUUACACGUCAUGCCACAUAUCACUCACAGUGAAUUUCUUCUGGAGCAGCUGAAGAGGCAACGUGAGAGAAGCUUUCUGUGUGACUGCACAGUAGCAAUAGUGUAUUGAUGCCGGAAGAGAGGAUGCCACCAUAACUUUGGACCCAGAGUUGGUGAGCGGUGCUGUGUUUGAAAAACUACUGACAUAUAUUUACACCGGGGAAUUGAAUAUGGACGGGGAAGAAAUUGAAAGUGUUCAGAAAGCUGCAUCUUAUCUUGGUAUGCCCGAGGUUGUGGCUCGCUGUACCCUAUCCCAAGAUGAUCUCAAAACUGGUGGCUCACCCGCAAGACAAAUGUAUGAAGAUCCAAAUUCCCCUCUGAGCCCAGAUGACUAUGAACCUUUAGAGCCGAUCUCAGAGGUGGAGGAACGGAUGUUGUUAAGGGGAGAGAAAGAAGAUGGGUCUCAGGAUGAUCCCGCCUCUAUGGAUGAAGCCCAGUCGUCCAGUGAACAAACUCCGCAGAGAAUCGGCAAGAGAGGGAGGAAACCCAAAACCAGGUUGUAUGAGGAUGAUGUUGAGAGGGAGUCCAUCACUGCUCAAAGAGGCAGAGGAAGAGGUCGGGGGAGACCAAGAGGUCGCCCACGGGUGAGGCCAUUGACUUUUGAUUCAACUGAUCAAUCACCAGCGCAGCAAACUAUGAAUCCAAAUAGCAGCUCUAUAGGGAGAGGAUCCGGAAGACCGAGAGGUCGCCCACGGAUUAGGCCUUUGUCCACUGAUAGAGAUGAUUCUGGUAACGUUGAAGACGAUUCUGUAGCAACCAAGGAUCAAGAAGGGGAGAACUCUGCCCGCAAAAGAGGACGUCCACGAAUUAGACCCCUAUCAUCUGAAGCAGAAGGAGACAAAGGAGAUGAAGAACAAGGAGACACCCAAGAAACAGAGGUUGUUGAAGAUGAUGCUGUGAACGCUGGUGAGGAAGAUGACGGUAAUGUAAAGACUGAUACAGAGAACCCAGGCGAAACUACUGCUUCCAAACGAGGGAGAGGAAGACCACGGACUAAGCCGUUAUCCACUGAGAACCAAACUACAAAUGCUGAGACUGCAACUCCAAACACAGAAGAUGGCUCAGAAACUGGAAAAACAAAAGAGAACGAAGGGUCCGGCCGUAAAAGAGGAAGACCUCGUUCUAAGCCCCUUUCUUCUGAGGCACCCGAAUCUUCAAAUCCAAUAGAUAAGCCUGAGAACAGUGGAGAAGAAGCUGGUGAAGAAACAAUCCAAGACUCUGAGAGACACACUGAAGAAGGCUCAUCUCAAGGUACAGAAGAUUCAGAGUCGAGUGCUGCGAAGAGGAUCCGCACCAGCACCAGAAAGAGAAGCUUGAGUAGAAAGCUGAAAGAAAGCCAAGCUAGUAAUGAGGAAGAAGAAGAAGAUGAAGAGGAUGAUGAAUUUGGCAAUGACAACGAGGACUGGGCGGGAGAAGAGGAAGUGAAACCUUUGCAGGACAAACACAGGCCUAUUUGUAAUAUCUGCGGGAACCUCUUCUCUGAGAUGAGCAGUCUGCGCAGGCACAUGCGCAUACACAAGGGCCUCAAACCAUAUCAGUGCCAGCUCUGUACCCGCUCCUUCAGACAGGGCAACCAGCUGAAGACACAUAUGCGCAUACACACAGGAGAGAAGCCCUUCAGUUGUACAUCUUGCGAGGCACGUUUUGCUCAGAAGUGUCAGCUGGUGUAUCAUUGCCGCAUGCAUCAUGGAGAAGAAAAGCCACAUAAAUGUGAUUUCUGUGGAGCGGCUUUUGCCACAUCUAGCAAUUUGAAAAUUCACAUAAGAAAACAUAGUGGUGAGAAGCCGUAUGAAUGUGGAGAAUGUGGGAAGCGCUUCACACAGGCCAGCACUCUAAUGUACCACAAGCGACGACACACGGGAGAGAAACCGUACAUCUGCGACACCUGUGGCAUGGCCUUCGCUGUGUCCAGCUCUCUCAUUGCUCACACCAGAAAACACACCGGUGUGACUCCAUAUAUAUGCUUGGAUUGUGGAAAACCUUGCAUAACUGCUGGUGAACUUCGAAAACAUAUGGACAUCCAUAACGGAUCGAGAAAAGUGAGGUGUAACAUGUGCGGGAACAUGUUUGCGGACGUGUAUAGCUUAAAGAAACACAGUAUUUUGAAGCAUAACUUUCUUCCGGAGCAAGAGCAGGCACAGACGCAGACUUUGAAAACCGACCCGACGCAGUGUCCUCUCAACAUCCCCAUUGACCACCAGGGUCUGAUUGCACGUGUGCGCUCUGCCCUUGUCGAUUCCCAAGACCAUGAAAUUCAGAUGGAGUCCCCGUUGCCGAUUUUGCCCCCCGAAGCCCAGCUCAUUAUCCAACAGUCGGCAGAGCCGCAGAUGAUCAUACAGCACGCAGAUGGCACAGAGCCCUCCAUGAUCUUCCAGCACGCGGAGUCAUCCGAAGCGCCCGUUCUCAUUCAACACGGAGAAUCUGGCGAGCAAGUCAGCUAUGUUGUGGAACAGUACGAAAUCCCAGCGACUGCUGAGAUGGAGCACACGCAGAUCGUCAUCGUUCAGACCAUUGAUUAAACUACCAAGUUUUACUUCCAUUUUAAGUGUAUUUUCUCCAUAAAGUGAAGACUGAAGGUAGGAUCAGUCAUGCCAGUGCAGAAGCAAUUUGUUAUGAACAUCCCUUCAGAUAACUUGUUUUCUAAUCCUCUGAAUGACAAACUCUUAGCAGAUAUCAGUUAUACAAAGCUAUUGUGUGAGUGUGUGGGACUUUUUUUUUUUUUUUGGUUAUUAAAAUCUGCAGAAUCUGGAUCAUUAAAGGCAUAAAGUAUUUUCUGAAAUGAAGGGAAAGCCAAACUUAGCUUUAGCUGUAAUAUAAAAUGCUGUGCUUAGAAAAAGCAUUUUGGUUCAUAUGUUUAAAAAGACUUUCCUAUUUAAUUGAAAAGGACAGUUCGGCUAUACAGUACAGGACUUGGUUAUUCUGAUGUUUUGAACUAUGCGUUUGUCUUUUAGAAGUAUGACAUGUAAAUACCUAUAAUGUUAUAUGACCCAGUCUCUGAACAAUUUCAUUUAUGAUGUGAAAUAAUUUGGAUCCUCUAACAAACUGGGCAACUUUUAUAAUAAAUCAUCUCACGUCUGAA